GUGGAGAGUGCAAUAUAAAUUACUUUUAGCUCUAUUCCAUGUACAAUACUAGUCCUCUUAAUCUUUUCUUCUCAAAGAUAAAGGCUUGUAACUAUGAAGCAUUCAUUCUUCAAUCCCAUCUUAAUCUUCCUAAUCAUUCAACUUUCCUCUCUAAUUACAACUGAAACCCAUCCUCUUGACUCCCUUUCCCCACAUGAAAUCACCCAAGUUCAAACCACAAUCUCACAAAUUUACCCAUCUCCUACCCACAUUCUAACCUUCCACUACAUGGGUUUGGAUGAUCCUCCAAAACCCAAAACCGCAACCCAAAACCCAACCCGAAUGGCCUAUGUUAUAGCCCGUAUAAACCGGACCACCCAUGAAAUCACGGUGGACAUAUCCAAGCAUUUGAGAAGUCCAACCAUUUUAAUUGACAAAGUUUAUAAAGGUAAUGGAUAUCCAACAUUGACUAAUGAAGAACAAAAUAACGCAAAUAAAGUAGCAAUGGAAUACAGUCCAUUUGUUGAAUCAAUGAAGAAAAGGAAGCUAAAAGUGGAGGAAAUAGUGUGUUUAAGCUUUGUUAUUGGAUGGUUUGGACAGAAACAAGAAAGAAGGAUUGUGAAAGUUAGGUGUUACAGUAUGGAAGAUACCAUAAAUUUUUACAUGAGGCCUAUUGAAGGAGUAACUGUGACCGUUGAUUUAGAUGAGAUGAAAGUUGUGGGAUUCAUUGAUAGGGUUGAGGUCCCUAUACCUAAAGCUUAUGGGACUGAUUAUAGAGAGGAAAAGCAUAAUGGGACAACUGAUUUUGUUCAUCAAGGUUUCAGAAUUAUUCAGCCCAAUGGUGCUGGUUUCACUAUAGAUAAUGACAUUGUGAGGUGGGGAAAAUGGGAGUUCCAUCUAUCAUUCGAUGCAAGAGUAGGCUUAAUAAUAUCAACAGCAUCAAUAGAAGAUUUGGAAAACAAAAAACGCAGGCCAAUACUAUACAGAGGGUUUUUGUCUGAAGUCUUUGUGCCUUAUAUGGAUGCUACAGAUGAAUGGUAUUAUAGGACUUAUUUUGAUGCAGGAGAAUAUGGGUUAGGUCAGCUUACUGUGCCUCUUCAACCUAAUAUAGAUUGUCCUCCAAAUGCCGUUUUUAUUGAUGGUUAUAUAGCUAGCCAAGACGGUAAACCUUUGAAAAUGCCUAAAGUAUUCUGCGUUUUUGAACGUUAUUCCGGAGAUAUUAUGUGGCGUCAUACUGAAGCCUCCAUUCCUAAUCAAUUUAUAACGGAGACUAGACGAGAGGUGACAUUAAUAGUUAGGACAAUAUCAACAAUAGGCAACUAUGACUACAUCUUUGAUUGGGAAUUCUUCCAAAGUGGUUCAAUUAAAGUUAAGGUGGGAUUAACGGGUAUACUAGAAAUCAGAGGCACAAAAUACAAUCACAAAGAUCAAAUUCAUGAAGAAAUUUAUGGAACAUUAUUAGCACCAAACACAGUAGGUUCAUUCCAUGAUCAUUUCUUCACCUUUCAUCUGGAUCUCGAUAUUGAUGGCCAUCUUAAUUCCUUGAUGAAAACUUUUCUGGAAACAAGACAUGUUACAAAUCAUAACAUACCCAGAAAAAGCUAUUGGAGUGUCAAACAAGAGACAGCUAACACAGAAUGUGAUGCAAGAAUUCAUUUAGGAUCAAAACCAACACUAGAAAUAUCAGUUGUGAAUCCAAACAAGCUUACAAAAGUAGGGAACAUCAAAGGAUAUCGUCUCAUUCCUGCAACACCGAUCAGUUCAUUGUUAAUGGAUGAUGAUUAUCCUCAGAUACGAGCAGCGAAUACAAAGUACAGUGUGUUGGUGACACCCUAUAAUAAGUCCGAGAAAUGGGCUAGUGGCUUGUUUACUGAUCAGGGCUCUGGUGAUGAUACAUUGGCGACUUGGACCCUCAGAAAUAGAGAUAUAAAGAAUAAAGACAUUGUGUUGUGGUACACAAUGGGUCUUCAUCACGUGACGUGCCAGGAAGAUUUUCCAAUUAUGCCAACGAUUAGCGCUGGAUUUGAGCUUCGUCCAUCUAACUUUUUUGAGACAAAUCCUGUACUUUCCGUUAAAUCGCCUAAAAGUAUGACAUGAAUUAAAGAGUGAAUGUAACAUUGUUAUUAUUAUGCUUGAAUCAAAUCACCUACAUUGGUGAUAACCAAAUUUGACUUCCAUGUAACUACAUUGAUUUUAUUGAAUGUAUAAUUUAACAAAAUAAAGUAUCUACUCAUCAUCAUCAUACCCAAUGU